CCAUUUCGUUUUGAAUACGAGCAAAACAAGAUAUACAGAAUAAUGCAUUCUUAAUUAUGUUUAAUUAUGCGUAUUCUCAUCUGACCCAUCGACAAAAUAUUCUUAAAUGGCUUCGUGAUGAUGAUUCGUCCGAUUAUGAACUUAUAUAUAGAAGUCAACGUCAACGUGUCACGCAAUUGUCAAUCGUAUGUUACUCACUCGUCAUUGCUCUAAGACAUCAAUUGAGCUUGAAUCCUUUAGUUUAAUUCGUAUUUCUUAAGAAGUCGUCGUCAGAACUAAUCUUGAAAGAAAAUAUUUCUUGUGCACAAGGAUGUCAUUAAAAACUGGAAUUUCCUUCGAGGAGGAAUUAAAGAAAAAUCCAGAAUUGAAGGAAGACGAUAUACGAACGUUAAGAGAGUGGUGUCAAAAGCAACCCCAUUUGCCGAAAAUCUCCGACACCGAGUUGACUCUCUUUUUACAUAGUAAUUACUAUCGUAUUGAGCCAACGAAAAGUACCAUCGAUACUUAUUACACCGUACGAACUCACGUACCAGAAUUUUUUUCUAACAGAGAUCCUAUUGGCUCGAAGGACCUCCGAAAAGCAUUUCAAACAGUAUCGAAUUUGGUUUUGAAUGAAACCACCAAUGAUGGUUAUAAAAUCAUUUACGGCAGACUGAUAGAUACCGAACCGUCGCAUUACGUUUAUAACGAUGGUAUGAAAUUUCUUAACAUGGUAAUCGAUCUCUGGCUUCGCGAAGACGGUACUUCCAAAGGUCACGUAAUCCUCUUUGAUACAAAGAACGUUGCAUUUGGACACGUGGGUCGACUAAAUCCCAUGGGAUUGAAAAAAUUCCUUUACUACUUGCAAGAAGCCUUACCCGUACGUCUUAAGGGUUUCCAUUUUAUGAACACCUCGCCGGUUAUGGACAUUAUUCUUAAUAUGAUGAAGCCUUUCAUGAAAAAGGAAUUGAUGGACAUGUUUCACAUGCACUCGACUAUGGAAACUUUGGCUAAGUUUAUACCCUUGAAAAUACUUCCAAACGAAUCGGGUGGACAAGCAGGUCCUUUGAAGGACUUGAACGAUGCACAAAUUAAGAAAUUAGAUGACAAUCGUGCUUGGUUUCAACAAGAGGAAACCUUAUGUCGCGUUAACGAAUCUCUGCGUCCCGGGAAAGGAAAAACAGCAACGGAUCUGUUUGGUGUUGAAGGAAGCUUCAAAAAGCUCGAAAUUGAUUGAACAAUUUAUCCGACGAACCGACUUUAUAUAUUUUUAUCCGAUAACUACCAAAAAUUAGAUCAAAAUCUCCAUUUCUUUGUCACUUUAAUGAAAUUGCAGUAAUAUGCGUUGUUAUACGAUUGAAUAUUUAUUCAAUAUCUAUAUAGAUGUAGGAAAAAUAUAUGUAGAAAGAUCGAGAAGCCUUGUCUCUUCCUAGAAUAGAAAUGGACUUCGAUAGGAAUCAAAAUUCAGAAUAAUACGACAAAUGGACGAUCGUAUCACGUAAGAGUAUUACAUAACACGGUUAUACAUUGUGUUCAUUGUAAACUCUUUGAAACCAAAGAAAAUAAUAUUCUUCAAAAAUAAAUAAAUUUAGAGUG